AUGACACCACCUCCCUGUGACAAUUCGGGUAGACCAAAAUGCAUAGAGGCCAACCGAACCCAACGAGCCAUGCUCUACAUAGCCCUUUACACCAUAGCACUGGGUGCUGGUGGCAUAAAAUCAAACGUUUCAGGAUUCGGGUCCGACCAAUUCGACAAGUCGAACCCAAAAGAGGAAAAGGCAAUGGUUUACUUUUUCAACAGGUUCUACUUUUGUGUCAGCCUUGGAUCUCUUUUUACAGUAACUGUGUUGGUGUACAUACAAGAUCAUGUAGGUCGAAAAUGGGGGUACGGGAUAUCGGCCGGGACUAUGAUUAUCGCGAUCGUUCUGCUGCUAUCGGCUACGAUGGUUUAUCGGUAUAAAAAACCGCAUGGGAGCCCUUUAACUGUCAUAUGGAGAGUGGUGUUUUUGGCUUGGAAGAACAGGAGAUUGUCUUACCCUGAUCAUCCCAGCUUCUUGAAUGGCUACAACUCCUCAAAAGUCCCACACACAGAGAAAUUCAGGUGCAUUGACAAGGCUGCACUGCUGGAUGAUUGGAGUGUCUUAAAUGAAGACAGAAGCAAUCCAUGGAUAGUUUCAACUGUAACUCAAGUUGAAGAAGUGAAGAUGGUCAUAAAGCUCAUACCAAUAUGGUCAACAUGCAUCCUCUUUUGGACAGUUUACUCCCAAAUGAACACUUUCACCAUCGAGCAAGCGACCACCAUGAACCGAAAACUCGGUGGCUUCGAUGUCCCUCCAGGCUCAUUCUCCGUCUUCCUCUUCGUAUCCAUCCUCUUAUUUACCUCCAUUAACGAAAGGGUCGUUGUUCGUGUUGCAAGAAGGAUCACCCGUAAUCCGAAAGGACUAAACAGUCUUCAACGAAUAGGAAUCGGCCUGGUUUUCUCAGUGGCUGGAAUGGUGGCUGCUGCUGUUUGUGAGAAGAGAAGGAAAGAAAUGCAGCUUAAUGGAGGAACCAAGAUGAGUGCUUUUUGGCUUGUUCCUCAGUUUUUCUUGGUUGGUGCUGGUGAAGCUUUCGCUUACGUUGGCCAGCUUGAGUUUUUCAUCACGGAAGCACCCGAGAGGAUGAAAUCCAUGAGCACAGGACUGUUCUUGACUACUUUAGCUAUGGGCUAUUACGUGAGUAGUUUGUUAGUGUCGUUAAUCGACGUAGUAACGCAUGAGAGCUGGCUCAAAAACGAUUUGGAUCAAAGCAAGUUGAACAACUUCUACUGGCUGCUUGCAGUUAUGGGAGUGCUGAACUUUUUGAUUUUUCUGAUUCUAUCAUCCAGACACCAGUAUAAAUUGCAGCAUCUUAAUGGACCUGCUUAA